AUGCAGACUCCUGUGGGCGCGGUAGAGACGCUGACAUGGGCCAACUCCAACCACGACAGCACACAGAACGACUCGAGAGUCACGAGGACCGAGGCAACGGCCAGCAUUAAGAAGAGCGCGAAGACAGACCUUGGACACUUCGGAUACGGCUCGGCCCUGAUGACUGUCUGGGACUACAAGGAAAAGCACUGGGCGCAUUUCAUCUCGACAGCACUCUAG